AUGCAGGAGCAGAGCUUUGGGCCCAAGGAGCUGGUGGCCGGGUGCCCCCAGAGUCGGCCCUCCCGCAGAGGCCUGCCCCCUCCCCAUCGACAGCUGCCCCAGCCAGGCAGGGAGCUGGGGGAGGGUGAGGAGGAGACCCUGGGUGAGGGAGGCUGGGGCCAGGGCCCCCCACGGUGUGACCCCGCCCCGCACCUCAGUGUCCCCCUCUGCGAAUGUGAUCUGGGGGCCAGGAGCCGGCCGCCGGGAGCGCGGCCAGGGGAACCCCGCGCGGCCAGCAGGGAGAAGGCCACGCGGGGCCUGGGAGGAGCGCAAGGCGGGAGGGAGGUGUGGGCCCACCAGCAGGAGUUCCAGGAGCUGCGCGGGGGUUGCGGGACUCUCGGCCAGGCCGCCUGGCCCUUCGGCCACUCAGAAGCUUUGCUUUGGCCGGAAGGGGUCCGGGGCUCUCCCCGGCGGCCGCGGCCCCGGCUGUUGGCCCAACAACAGGCGUCUGAAAGGGGGGCGCGGCGGCCGCUGCCCCGGCCGCCCCGCCCCCGACCCCGGCGGCCCCGGGACCCCGGGCCGCAGGACGGGCCGCAGGUGCGCCCGCACCCCCGGGGGAGAAGCGACAUCCCGGGGAGGCCGAGGCGGGCCUGGCCCGUCCUCUCUCUCCGGCGGCGCGGCGGUUCCCAGGCCCCGGGCGGGGCGCGGGGGCCUCCCAUCGCAGACGGGCCGGGCCCCUCCGGAGCGUGA